UCAUGGCGAACAGUGGACAUGGAUUUAACCCUGUAGUUGUGAAUAGUGUUACUUACAUUGGAACCCUUGCUGCAUUUUUUAUAGCUCUGAAAGUACCUGGGAUAUCCAUAAAGAAAUUUCCUGCAACAGGUUGUCUCCUAGUCUCAAAAGAUGCGAAAUUUGCCGAAAAUCGAUAUUUAGAGUACCUUUUCGUGGGGCUUUGGUCGUUUCACUUUUUACGCCGAACGAUCGAAGUUCUCUUUGUUCACGACUACCGCAGAAGAAUGUCUAUCAUAGAGAGUAUAGGAGCACCUAUCUACUAUUGGUUCUUCGCUUUCUGGAUUGGAAUUUCAGUACGCCAUGACAACGGAUACAGACAAACAUUUCUAGCGCUUGUCGUGGCUGGCUCUGUCGUCUUCAUUUUGGGCGAAUUUGGUAAUGGCCUCUGCCAUCUUAAACUUCGGAAGUUUCGAAGGGAGAAACGCGAGGAUUCCUUUUCUAACGAAUCCCACCAUGUUUUGCCGCGUGGAUGUCUGUUUGAACUGGUGUCAUGCCCUCACUAUUUAUGUGAAUUAUUAUCGUGGCUGGGAUUUUUCUUGACUUCGUGGGUUUUGCCAGCAGCCAUAUUUCUUCUUGCUACUUUGAUAACACUGAUAACGUAUUCAUACAAAAAACACAGAGCAUAUCAACAAGAAUUUGACGGACUAGCCGGUAAAGAACUUUAUCCAAGAAAUAGAAGAGCUCUUAUUCCAUUCAUUUUUUGAUGAACUCUCUGUGGUCAGUGACCUUAAGAUGAAUUCUCGGAAUCCGAAACUUGAUUAACAAUUGUCAACAAUGGAUGGCAGGUACACAGACUCCGGAAACUAUUUCCCAUGAUUAUUCGCCGACCUUAAGGGGGCAGAUUUCUUGUUAUCAGGGGGGACUUAGGAGAAGGGAAGGUUUCAAUUGAAGAUGUGAUAAGGGGUGAGAAGGAAAGGUGUUACAGCUUGAGCGAACGAAGGUCUCAUCCUGCUGGAGAAGAUAUUGAGUCUGCAUAUUCUCCAUAUUGUUUUCAACACAUUUCUUAAGGCGCGUAGAAGGAGAAUCCGGUUAGCAAUAAAGAGCUUCUGGUGAUCAUUUCCUUUAUUCCUGUGACCUUUAUAUUUAAUUCAGGGGGGCAUUGAAAGGAGAAAUUAGAUGCUAGUCACUCUUAGGAGUCAAAGGUUUAGGAAGAAAGCUUGUUACUUUGACUAGGAAAAAAGAAUGGGAUUGUAAUGUGCAAGUAACUCCUAAGUUGACGGAAAGCUCAUUCCAAUGACGGCAAAGUUUACAUUGCCAAUACAAACCAAUCAAAAUUAUUGCAAUGCAUUAUUUUAUUAUUCAGGUUUUUAAUUGAGUAAUUGAAACUAUUUUUCUCAUACUUUGAGGCUAAUUGUCGUUAAAUCUUCCUUAAUAGUCAAAUGGACACUCAGUAAGGAUUUUCUCUAUUAGAUGAACAGCCGGUUAUAAACUGAUUUUAGAAUGAAUUGCAUUCGAUAACAAAGACUUUAGAGGUUGGCUUUUAAAUAAUAUUAGGGAAAUAUAAAAUGAAGGUAAAAAUAACGUAAAGCUGUGUUCUAAAAGGAAAAUUAACUCAAAUACUACGGGAAUUUUUUUAACAUUAACAAUGUGGUUUUCACUUGAUAGGAUAUCAUUCUACACAGCUUCAGGAACAUGUUAAGAACGUUCUCAGGCCCAAAUCGUCAAAUAAAAGAAAAUUCAGCCUCA